UUUGAUUACGACGAAACUUGGUAUGAUGAAACUUAACACAGUAAAACUUGGUACGAUAAAACUUGGUAUAACAAAGCUUGGUGCAGUAAAACUUGAUAUAGCGAAAGCUAGCACUGUGAAAGCUAGUAUAGCAAAACUUGAU